AUGCAGCAAUAUUGGAUUCCUGAGGGUUUCUAUCCCGUUCUAGUUCCUCGUGCUUGCUUACAGUCUAGCUUAUCUGCUGCAAAUAAUGACAAUACUCGGCAAAUAAUGACUACAUCCGCUUCAGCCGGUAAUGCUCAAAUGUUAUCUAAUAGUUCUUCUAAUGUUAAUGUACCUUCAAGGCCGCUUCAACCAAGGACUGCCGCUACUACCCCUAAUAUAAUUAUUGAUGGUAGUGGUGUGAUGACUUCACAACCCAUGAAAAGACGUCCUGCAAAAGACCAGAUCAUUGCUCCUAGGUUACCUCCAAGGUCAUUAAAUGCUCAAGCGCUCUAUUACUUUCAAAAACGUAGGGAAUUAAUAGAAAAUAGAUCUUUUAUCACUUCUACAAAUGGUUCAAAUGUUUCGCUGGGUGCUGUUCCUAAUCAUCCUUCAAAGACUAUUGAACAAAUGUGGCAAGAAGAACCAGACAAUGUAAAAAGACAUUACGAUCGACUUGCUCUACGAAUAAAAAUUGAACAAGCUCUUUUAUCAAGGGCACACAAUAACAAAAAACGUUAUCAACCAUAUAAUAUAGACCGAAAUGUCACCUCUUUGGAAGGUUCUUCAUCACGUGUUUCUCGUUCACGUCAUUUGCAGA